AUUUGUUUUUAGCGAAAGUGAAAACAAUAUUCAUGCUAUCAAUUCAGAGGCAACCCAGCCGGUCUUUAACAGUGUUAUUCUGGGGGAUUUCUAAGUGUUCUGCCCCCGUGCUCUUUCUCUACCCACUCGUACUGGGAACGGAUCGAUUUGAAGCAGCCGCUGAGAGAGAGCAGCGGUCCCCGGGAUCCGCACGGUCGCCGUGUCCCGCGUCCGUUUUGGUGACUGUAUCUUUAAAUGAUUGCGUCACGAGCGGCGAGCGCUCCGAUUGGCUCAGCGGCGCAGUGUAUCGGGCGACGUGGUUGCACGAGAGGAAGGCAAGGCUUUCCUGCUCGGGAGGACGGCGGGCGUUGGGGGAGGAGUGAAGUGGUCGCCUGUGCAAGGCUUGUGGGAAUUCUGACAAUGGAACUUUUCAAUUUGAACCUGGUGUUGCUGCUGAUUUCUACACAAUGCUUCUCUUCCAUUUGGAGUGAGAUUAGCCAACAGCCGAAAGUGUCUGCUCUCACGGUUCUGGAACAGACAGAAGAGAACGCUGGAAAUGUAGAGGAUGGAAAAGUGGAGGAUGAUCUGGACCCUGAAGACAUGGAGGUCUUUUACCCAACUAGUGAAUGGCAAAUAAUUAAACCAGGUCAAGCGAUUCCCGCAGGUCUACAUGUUCGGUUAAACUUGGAGACUGGGGAAAAUGAAGCAAAGAUCCCAGAUGAUGACAGUGAAAAUGGUGGUCUCAAGUAUUGGAAACAAGGAACCAGGCAGGGAAUGGUGAAUACAAAUUCCAAAUCUUUCACAGCCAAGGAACUGAAAAGGGCCCUGAAGUUAAUGAAACAAGAAGGCAACAUAGAGAUUGAGGAGGAUUACAAGGAGAAGGUGAGGAAGACCUUCCGCCCAAUGAAAGAGUUGAUGAAAGACCUUGAAGCAAUGAAUGUAAUGAUGGAGACUGAUAUGGAAAUAAUCAAUAAACUUAUCAGCAAAUUUAAUAACACCAUUGCAACACUGGAGGAGAAAGUUGGAGCUCUUUAUGACCUGGAAUAUUAUGUCCAUCAGGUGGAUAAUGCCAAUCACCUGGUAUCCACUGGUGGGUUGCAAAUUGUGAUCAACGCCUUAAAUGCCACUGAGAUGCCAAUUCGGGAACAUGCUGCCUUUGUCUUGGGAUCCAUGUUGUCAGGAAAUCCAAAAGUUCAGAUUGAAGCAAUGGAAGCUGGGAGUUUGCAGAAAUUAUUAGUACUGUUGGCUACUGACAAUCCUGUGCCCGUGAAAAAGAAGGCUCUCUUUGCAUUGGCAUCAUUAUUACGACACUUUCCCUUUGCACAACAACAGUUUCUAAAACUUGGCGGCCUUCAAGUACUGCGGCAACUUUUUCAGGCAAGGGGAACGGAGUCCUUGCAUGUUCGAAUGAUGACUCUGCUAUAUGACUUGGUCUUGGAGAAGAAGCUCGUCCAAGAGGAGAGAGACAGUACUGCACAGCAGAAGGAGAAAUAUCGACAAUAUAAGGAGAUUAACUUGCUGCAACUCAUGCUGGAACACGGCUGGUGUGCACUGGUUCCAAAGCUCCUGACAUCCACUGAACAUGACACAAGAGAGAAGGUGUUAACGACCAUGAGUCUUAUGAUGGCUGCCUGCAGGAAUGAGUACCAGGCUUUUCAGGACCUGAAUGCCUUACUGGUCAUGCUCCAAUCAGAGUAUGAGAAGCUGGCCGCUGAAGAGCGGAGAGAAGGGGAGCAAGAUGGUUACUUCCUAGGACUUUUGAACUCUGUCAAUGGCAUCAUUGAAAAGCUGGGAUGAGCGGUGUCAGGAAUGCUUCCAACUUGAACUCUUCAAACUAGAACUAUUGUGGCAAUAUUCUGAAUGAUUUUGCUUCAUGAAUUUGAGAUAAAAGUGAACAUUGGAUACCAUUUGGGUUGUACUAAUGUGCCUUCGUAUAGUCGGGUUUAUCUGUUGACUGUGAACUUGGCUUUUGAGUCUAAUGUAUAAGUUAUACAUGAGUAAAUUAAGUAUUUAAUAAUUCCUUAGUGCCAUCUUACUCUGAAGCUCUUUACCUCACUUUAAAUUCUGAGUAUGAUUUUCUAUUCUCAAGAUAAUAUUUAUUUAUGGACUUGACAUCAGAUAUAGAUGCUGUGGUUCUCAUUACACCUGUAUUGUUCAUAUUAAGUACAUUGGUUUGUAAAGGUUGCUGAAGUCCUGCUUUUACUCAGUUUAAAAACUGACAGGUGACUUGUACAACA